UCCAGUUAUUGCUGCUUACGAAUGCAUAUUUUUCAUUCAAUUUGUUUAAUGAAUACCGAUGUUUAUUGGUCUAUGUGCAAACAUUUUACCGUAUGGUUUUAGAUACAUUCUGUAAUUGAGCGCAUCAACUAACGUUAAUGAUACGUUUUUAGCCGGAUAAAAUAUUUCAAUAUUCAUUUAAUCCACUAAUCUGUUUCUUCUGCUGACUCACAAUGAGUUCUGGUAUUAAAAGCUUUGUAUCUGAAAAACAGUUGGAAGAAAAGAGGAAAGUUCGACAGGAAGAAUGGGAAAAAGUAAGAAAACCUGAAGACCCUGUUGAGGCACCAGAAGAAGUUCAUGACAGCAGAUCAUUGUUUGAACGAUUGCAAGAGCAAAAAGACAAAAAACAAGAUGAGUUUGAAGAACAAUUAAAGUUUAAAAAUCAAUUCCGAGGGAUAGAUCAAGAUGAAUCUAAUUUUCUUUCUGAUGUCUCAAAGAGAAACUUUGAACUUGACAAACAGAAACGGGAUGAAGAAAAAAGAGAACUUGAAGACUUUCGAACUGCCGUAGCUCAGUCAAGAGAACUUCCAAAUGUGCCAAUAGAUUCUUCAACAAGAGCGGAGGACAAAAAAGAGUUGCCAAAAAAAUCACAGGUUGUCAGAAAAAAUCCACAACAAAGCAUAUUAAAAAAUGCUGUAAAACGAAAAGUACCAAGUUCUCAAACUUCUAAUAAAGAGCAGACAAACCCAUGUCCACCAGAGAAAAUUCAAAAAUCCGAAACUGAAUCAAACAAUGCUGAUAAGAACCUUACACAAACAAUAGUUUAUCCAUCAGCAACUAAGCUUGUUGGUGUAUUACCUGGUUUAGCAGCAUAUAGUGAUGAUAAAAGUGAAGAAGAAUCGGAAAGUGAUAGCUCUUCUGAUGAUUCUGGUUCUGUAUCAAAUAAUUUAUUAUCUUCUAUUGUUCAUAAGUCUCGAGGGUCAAAAAAUAAAUAUUCAGUUUUGUUACCAACUUAUAAUGAAAGGGAAAAUUUGCCAUUAAUUAUCUGGCUAUUGAUGAAAUAUUUCAAAGAAAUAGGUUGUGAUCAUGAAAUUAUAAUCAUUGAUGAUGGGAGUCCAGAUGGUACAUUAGAUGUCGCCAAACAGUUGCAGGAUAUAUACGGAGAAGAUAAAAUCGUUUUGCGCCCAAGAGCAAAGAAACUGGGUCUUGGAACAGCAUACAUUCAUGGAAUUAAGCAUGCAACAGGCAAUUUUAUUUUCAUAAUGGAUGCAGACCUUUCACAUCACCCAAAGUUUAUUCCAGAAUACAUUAAAAAACAAGAAGAUGGGGACUGUGAUGUUGUAUCAGGUACUCGAUAUAUUGGAGAAGGCGGUGUUUACGGAUGGGACUGGAAGAGAAAGCUAGUUAGUCGGACUGCCAACUAUAUCACUCAAGUCUUGCUACGUCCUGGAGUAUCUGAUCUGACUGGAAGUUUCAGACUGUAUAAAAAAGAUGUCUUGGAAAAGCUGAUCUCGUCUUGUAUUUCUAGAGGAUAUGUUUUUCAAAUGGAAAUGAUAAUUCGGGCAAGACAGUUUGACCUGAAGAUUGGAGAGGUUCCAAUCACAUUUGUUGAUAGAUUCUAUGGUGAAUCAAAGCUUGGAGGAACUGAGAUAAUCCAAUUUGCAAAGGGUCUGUUGUACUUGUUUGCAACAACGUAACAUAAAUCUUUUCACGUAUAUAUACAAUAACCUUCUAGCUGCUUUUUUCAAAUUUUUUAUUGCAAUAAGCUUGUGUCAUUCCUCUGAUAUUUUCUGUAUUUGAUCAUGAUUUUCA